CCAGGGCUUUCCAGGAGCAGCCGCCCACUCUGUGUGCAUCCUCUUCCAGGUCGCCGCUGGGACACUGUGGACCAGGAGUGAGUCGGAGCUGCCGCGCUGCCCCAGGCCAUGGACUGUGAGGUCAGCAAUGGUUCCGGCCUCAGGGAUGAGUGCAUCACAAACCUACUGGUGUUCGGCUUCCUCCAAAGCUGCUCUGACAACAGCUUCCGCAGAGAGCUGGACGCGCUGGGCCGCGAGCUGCCAGUGCCAGCUCCCCAGUGGGAGGGCUACGAGGAGCUUCAGACGGAUGGCAACCGCAGCAGCCACUCCCGCAUGGGAAGAAUAGAGGCAGAUUCUGAAAGUCAGGAAGACGUCAUCCGGAACAUUGCCAGGCACCUCGCCCAGGUCGGGGACAGCCUGGACCGCAGCAUCCCUCCGGGCCUGGUGAACGGCCUGGCCCUGCAGCUCAGGAACACCAGCCGGUCGGAGGAGGACCGGAACAGGCACCUGGCCACUGCCCUGGAGCAGCUGCUGCAGGCCUACCCUACACACAUGGAGAAGGAGAAAGCCAUGCUGGUGCUGGCCCUGCUGCUGGCCAAGAAGGUGGCCAGUCACACGCCGUCCUUGCUCCGUGAUGUCUUUCAAACAACGGUGAAUUUUAUUAACCAGAACCUACGCGCCUACGUGAGGAGCUUGGCCAGAAACGUAAGAACCCAUGAGGGGAUGGACUGAACCGACAGUUCCAAAAGUGUGACUGGCUAAAGCUCGAUAUGGUCACAGCCAUGUAGCUGCUUCCAGUGUAGACACAACCCUGGCAUAACAACAGCGUUCCUAGAGAAGACGGGCUGGAAGAUAGCUGUGAUUUCUGUUUUAAAGACAAUGUUUUAAGCUUAUAACACAUUCUAAAAGAUCCACAUUAAUACACUUGAAUGAAAAUAUCAAUUUACACGUAUUUGAAUGGCCUUCAUAUCAUCCACACAUGAAUCUGCACAUUCGUAAAUCUACACACGGUGCCUUUGUUUCCGCCGUGCAGGUUCUCACUUGAAAAUUAAAUUGAAAAGCAGGUUUCAAGGAAGUAGAAACAAAAUACAAUUUUUUUGGUAAAAAGAAUUACUGUUGAUUAAAGUACAACCAUAGGGGAUGGUAGCCUGUUCGAGGAAAGCAGGAAUUGGAGAGGAAAGGAACAUACCCCUUACAAAUGAAAAAUUCCACUCAAAAUAGGGACUAUCUUAAUACUAAGGAACCAACAAUCUUCCUGUUUAAAAACCAAAUGGCCCAGAGAUUCGGAACUGAAGUGCUGCACUCGAACAGUGGGACCGUCUGGCCGCAGUACGUAGGCGCUUGACUUUCUCAAUUUCAUCUCCCUUUGUUUGACUCAAAAAGAACCACUUGUGGUUCUAAAAGGUGUGAAGGUGGUUUAAGGGCCCAGGUCAGCCACUGUUUACAAAAUCAGGUAACAAACAGCAUGCACCUUUUCUCCUUCCAUGACAUCAAGGCUUUGCUAAAGACAUUAAGCCACGGGUGCCAGAAGCUACUGCGAUGCCCCGGGAGUAGCCCGGGAAGUUUACAGAAGCUGUAGACUUCCAAUUUCUAGCCGUACGCUCGGCUCAUCCAUGCCUCAGAAGUGCAUCUGGAGAGAAGAGGUUUCUAAGCAUAAAAGAUGAAAGAGCAGUUGGACUUUUUAAAAAUUCAGCAAAGUAGUUCCCUCUCCUAGGGACAGUCAAUACCAAGUCACUUAGGUAGCACCAAAAUAAACAAGGAAGAGCUUAGCUUUAGAAACAGUGCAACACUGGUCUGCUGUUCAAUGGGAAGCUGUGUCCUAGGAAUCAGUUUAAAAGCUCGACGGUGGAUGCUGGGUCUGUAUCACACACAUUGCUGUGAACAGGAGGCUACUGGAGACGCGUAUGAGUAAGGGCACUGACGGACUCAUGAUUUCUUCUUACCACUUUCCUGUUCCGUAAGAGUUUAAAAUCAUCAGAAAAGAAAAACAAACUCUAUAUUGUUCAGCAUGGAAUACAUACCACGCUAGGGCUGGCUCAAUUGAAGUGGGCAAAAGGUUGCAAAUACUAAAAAGAAACGCUGCCGUGCAGCGUGAAGGCCAUGGUUUGGAAAUAAAUCUUCCUAAAACUAUGACUUUUCCUGUUUUGGAGUGGACUUUUUAAAAAGUUUCCUGACCACAAUGGAAAAAAGGUUGAACCACGCAACACCUACACACCGUCCAUACAUCAGCCAUUAUAAUCAGAUUCUCACUGGGGGAGGCAUUUUCUUCCCAAAGGGGCCAUACCAGCAUCACCCGGAACUAAUGGAAAAGGGCUCUAGAGCAGCAAAUGACUGGACUAUCAUCGCUCACUGCCUCUCCCACAGCAUCUUCCCCUUAUUCUGUUUCACUUGAGUUCAUACAGUAGGCCGCCAUUUUAUUACAGCUUAUAACAGGCCUUAGUGUAAAUUCUUCCAGACCAAGUCUGAGAUACCGUCUUGGUUGUAAAGCAAAGCCAACAUUAGAAACAGAUUGCAUUGUCUCAAACACAGCUGCUCCAGUCUUCAGCACUUCCCAGCCAUGGUGACUCAGGCAUAUCCUGGCAGUUGGUGGAUUUUGCCCUGUAACACAACCCUUGUGGAAAUGACUGAAAGGUGAUUUUAAUUCAGAGAAUGUGUUUUCUUUUCUGUUUUAAAAAUAUUCGAAUGAAGUGAUGGAAAUUCCUUUGUUAAACAUCAAAAGCUUUCUCCUUGAAAAGAUGCUUGGUGUAUCUGAAAGUCACGUGGGACAUUUGGUGCAUUCAGAAGGUCAAGGCAUUCCGGAACUCUCCUCUUGGGACCCAGCAUUAACUGCUGAGAUACUCAAGACUUCCUUAAAGGGUCACAGCGCUAGUGCCUGGUUUUAUUGUCCAACAACUUUAUUAGUUGUGCUGACUGAGAAUUGGAAUAUAGAGAGUCCUCUGAAUGUUACGAUCUUGUUUUCAGAACCUGGAGUCAAACCAAUUACCUAUGGACUUACAAAGACAAUUGAUCAUAUGAAAUGAUACUGCCUAAGUCAAGGGCAUAGAGUUACCAUGCGGAUAGAAAGAUGAGUCCAUUGAUUAUCUUCAAAUCCCAUGUGUUCUCUCUAGCACAUUGCUUCUGACAGAAUAACUCACAGAUUUGAAGUUUGUUCCUUUCCCUGAUGAAGAGGAGAUUGACCAAAAGGUAGAAGACAGGAGGGCAGAGGAGCCAGAAUGAGCCACAAUGGUCAGUUCAGCAAAGCAAAGCAGCUGCACAGAGGGCCCAUGGAACUCACACAGAGAAAGGAAACAUGCUGCUUCAGUAAAAUGCCCAUGUUAACCUAAUUAUCCAAAUCACCAAUCAAUUCUGGUAUUUUUGACAUGACAGCAUUUGAGCCAACACUCAACUGACCUUAAUUAAGGAAUGAGUUAGGUAGGAAGAGGCACUUUUAAUCUGGAGGAAGAAAUGGAAGACUGUAAUGGGAAAAAUGCAGGUCUAGGAGAAAAAUGUUUUCCUUUGAUGCUGGCCAAGGACCCCUCUCCAUAAUACAGUUCUCUUGCUGGAAAGCAUCAGGGACAGAGUUAUUCCAAGCUCUGCAACAGGGAAGACUGUACUUUGACCUUCUUUUCCUGGGGAAAGGGAACAACUGGUAGUCUUAAAAUGUCAAAGCUUUUCUUCUAAAUAGUACAUUCAUUAACUAGUUUCUUCUGGUGGUGCAAAGAACACUCCCCACAGUGAGCAGGAUCACUAUAGUUUCCCCUGAGGAGAGGUGAGAGCGGCAGAGACUCACCUGGAGGCAGCUGCUACUUUUUAACUGAUGACAAAGCCUUGCAAAUACCCCCGAGAACAAUUUCACUGUGCGCUCGCAGGGACGCAGCAGUCUGGUGUGGGCUUCUGUGGCGUAGACAUCAAAUGUGGAAGACCUGAUGGUGUUAGUGUGUGAGGAUGCCAGGCUGAAGUGAAACAGCCUUGCGAAAAGAAAGGGAAGAUGGGAUGUGCUAGUAUUUUAGUGGCAUGCACUUUCCAACUCUCCAUGGAGCUCUCUUUAUAGAUGAGGUCACUGAACGUCCCUGUUCUGUACCACAGAACUGGUGUUCUCCAGCCAAGGUGAUAACUACCAUGAUGUGCUGUAGAAUGUCCUAGGUUUUCACAACAGGAGGGUCUUCCAGGAGCUGACAUACUUGCGGCCAUACCUGGUCAACCCUCCUAAGUCCCCAACCUGUUGGAGUGUCUGUCCAGAGGCCCAGCAGUGCUUCCAGGUAUUCCCCCACUUCACUCCACAGCCCUACGCUUAUGAUGGCAUACGCAGGGGAGAAGGGACACACUCGAACAAACAGAAAGAGAGCAAGAAAUGCAUCUGCUCUCUUCACCCCCUUCACUUAGCACUUUGUGAUAAUUGCUGGGACAGAUUGCCUAACCUUGUUUAUAAGCAAAAAUAUUUAAUCAAGAAAGCUAAUGAAAGCUCAUCAGCAAUGCCUGUGAAUUCUGUAACUACAAAGCAUCUCACUCAAUGUCUACACGGAAAACAGCUACAUAAUUGGAAGCUGAGACCAGUCCUGGAUGUAACCCUCACUCUUGUUUUUUGUAGUAGAACAUGCUUAAUAUUUAAGUGAGCCUAUAUGGUGACUUUGUACAAAUUAAGACUUCCCUUCUUCCAAGGCCCACAGCAUGGCGAGCAGAGCACAGGCUGCACAUCGGAAUUUGUCCCGUCAGUCCUUAUGCAGUAAACAACUGGCGCAACUGUUUGCAGGGGACCUGCCAAUACUGCUUUGCAGGGCCAGGAAAAUGAUAAAAACUGGCAAAAUCAUUGCCUUGCCUCUCCUAUGCUUGAGGACUUUAGAAAAACUAACAAACUCUGGGCCAGGCGCGGUGGCUCACGCCUGUAAUCCCACCACUUUGGGAGGCCAAGGUGGGUGGAUCACGAGGUCAGGAGAUCGAGACCAUCCUGGCUAACACGGUGAAACCCCGUCUCUACUAAAAAUACAAAAAAAUUAGCCAGGUGUGGUGGCGGGCGCCUGUAGUCCCAGCUACUCGGGAGGCUGAGGCAGGAGAAUGGCGUGAACCCGGGAGGCGGAGCUUGCAGUGAGCCGAGAUCGCGCCACUGCAGUCCAGCCUGGGUGACAGAGUGAACUCUGAUUAAGUUCCUCAUUCUGUAAUAUGGGAAUAAAAGGAAUACAAACAGCGAUUAGAACUGUGAAGGUGAAAUAAGGUAUGUGAGAGCACUAGAACCAUCUCUGGCAUGUUGUAAAUGCUCAACUACUAUUUGCUAAAAUUAUAAUUAUCGACAUGAGGUUUUUUUAGGAAAAAUUAUACACUCUAAACUCAAAUGGAUGUCAUAAUCAGGAAAUUAUCACUAAGGGCAGGUCUUGGUGGACCAGAGAAGAGGAAACAUUCUAGUAUGCAGUGUGUCGCUGAGAUGUUAAAUGAGAUAAUGCUUGUGUGGGAAUUUGGGCAGAAGCUCUAAGUCGUGUCUGUUAGCAAUCUGAUAGCCUACAAGGCCGUCUUGAUGGAUAUCACCUCAAAUUCUUGGAAAGAUAAGUUUGUGUGGAAA